UAUUUAGUUCUUUUUGUAUCAUUAUUAUUAUUUGUUUUACAGUGGGAGUCUGGCAACUGAAUUUCCCUUUUAAUGAUGGUUCAGAGUCAGACUAAGACAAACUCCACUUUUACUUUUGAGGACAUUACUUAAGUGUCCCAAUAGCCUACUUUUUAGGGUCACUGUAAGCAGCACUAAUAACAGUACACAUUUUAUACAUGUAUACCAAAAGUCCCCGCGCCGCUCUGUGCGCGCUCUCGCGCUGGAUGAAGAGCUCUCGUAUUUCUAUUGAGGAGGCGGGCUCGGGCUUGUGCUCUGGUUCUAUUCUAUCGUAGGAAUGUACCCGAGGUCUCCCAGCAGCUCCUGGACUUCCUAAAGAUGGACACCUGGAUAUGUGUGUAUGUGAUAGUGGGACUGCAGCUGUCCGGAAGCUUUGCGUAUGACGGCUCUGGAUACUGGCCAUACACUGAUGAUGAAGAUGUGCGACACACAGGCGUGCCGUGGUGCGCCCCAGUGAAAGUCAAACACGGUCAAGUCAGCUGCCAGACACCACGCGGAGAGCGGUAUAAGAACGUUCUGGGAACUCGGUGCAAGAUCCGCUGUAAGACGGGCUACGAGAUGCACGGCAGCAGCGAGAUUCUCUGUAUGGCCAGCAAACAGUGGUCAGGAAACUACGCCUGCAGAGAAGUCCGCUGUCCUAAACUGACCAUGCCAUCAAACGGAGGUUUCAAGUGUUCAGACGGGUCUUACUUCAACUCCCGCUGCCAGUUUUUCUGCUCACCUGGAUACACACUCCGUGGAGUCCACAGCGCCACCUGCCAAAGCAGCAGAACAUGGAGCGGGGGCAACAGUGUGUGCCUGGAUGUGGACCCCCCAGUUAUUAAGUGUCCUAAUAUAAAGGAGAAGACAGCUGAACCAGGAAAACUCACUGCCAAAGUGACAUGGGACACGCCAGAGGGCAAAGACACAGCGGAUGGCAUCCUAACAGAUGUUAUACUGAAAGGAAAGCCACCUGGCUCGCACUUCCCAGAAGGGAAUCAUAAAUUAUCAUACACUGUGUUUGACCGUGCUGAGAACAAGGCGACCUGCAGGUUCAAUGUUCGAGUGAGAGUGCGUCGCUGUACACCUCUCUCUGUACCUGACAAUGGCUGGAUGAAAUGUGACAGUGCGGGUGAUAAUUACGGGGCCACGUGUGAAUUCCGCUGUCUGGGUGGCUACGAGCUAAAGGGCAGCGCCGCCAGAGUCUGCCAGUUUAACAUGGAAUGGUCUGGCCUGGAGACUUCCUGUGCCCCCAUGAAUAUUAAUGUCGGUGUGCGGUCCGCUGCUGCAUUGUUGGACCAGUUCUAUGAGAAACGGCGCAUUUUGAUCAUCUCAGCCCCCUCGGCUGCCAAUCACUACUACAGAUUCCAGAUGACUAAUUUACAGCAUGCUCAGUGUGGUCUGGACCUAAGGCAUGUGACGGUGAUCGAGCUGGUGGGCGUGUAUCCAGUUCAGAUCGGCCGCAUCAGACACAGACUCAUCGCUCCAGGGCUGGCUCUACAACUCAGGUUGCUGCUGCAGCUGUCUCAGAAUUCCUUUAGCAUGGUGCUGCUGGACAAACAGGGCGUGGAUAAGCAACGCUACACGUUCCCCAUCACAGCAGCAGAGAUCUUCACCACCAUUGACACGUUUCCCCUCCGCACUGAGGAGGCCAUACUACAGAAAGAGGCUGGACAGAGCUGCUAGAUGUAUAUUUACAGUGCACACAUUUACACAUCAUUUUCUACUGGGUCUGGAUAGAGCUGCUACAUCUUAUCACAUAUUGUAAACAUAAACACAUGCACACACAUCUCUCAAUAUGAAUGCAUGAGUGAGUCUUUGUUGUUUGUCGUUUUACGAGGUUCUGCUCUAUUUGAUUUGUCUGUUGUCUCUAUUUAUGUCAGAGUGGACGUCUACUUUUCUUAAGAAAUACUACCAAAGCAAUAUUAAUGUAAUAAAAGCCUGUUUGAUGAUUGAAA